AUGGCUCCGAUGCGCGUCAAGUCGCGUCCCGUUUCUGGCAUUGAGCCCGGCUUGCGAACUCCGUCGCCGUACGGUGCCCGGUAUGAGGUCUGGCUCCCGGGCAUUGAACAGGAUGAUUCCUUCCGGGAAGUGGUCAAGAAGCUGUCGAUAUAUUUCGUCGACGUGAUCACUCUCCCGUCAACUUUCGAGCAGCUAAGGACCACGUCUGCUGGUGAUCCUCUUCGCCGUCUGGUGGACCACCUGAGCCGGGAGUGCAAGAAUCCGGCUAUCGUUAACGCCUUACUUGCUCUCAAAUGGCAUUACGGAACAAGUAGUGAAGAUAAAAGCUUGAACGAAGCACGGGCCAGCGCAGCCGAAAUUGUUGCCUGGAGAUUUCUUACGCACCUCUCUGAGCGUGAGAUUGUUGACUACUGUCUCUAUGAGAUACCUGACCUAGAAGCCAUCGAAAAUGAAAGGCGGGGUUCUGAUGAAGAGAAUGGCUCUCACCCCGUCAACGAGAACAGCCCAUUGCUGGCUCAGGCGUGGUCUGGCUCGGCCGAAUCAACCCGUAAAUCCUUGAACCGUACUGGUGGCAGCAAGCGGUAUCAGCUCUUGCAAGCGAUAUCACGCCUGACAAUGAGCAUGACAGUUGAUGAUGACGAUGAGGAGGAAGAAGACGAUCCCACUGCUCCCUUCACUAGUCUCAAUGCUCUUGAGAUUGCCGCCAUCGCUGACGCCAAGAGAUUCCUCAGCCAGCACGUCGUCCAGAAGAUAAUCACUGGAAUAUGGAACGGCGAUAUCAUUUUCUGGGACCAGCUGUCUGUCGACUCUGUCAAGAAACCGCGCUACUACGACAAAGCCAAGGCCGAUCCUUUCUCCCGACUUCGCGUGCCCAAGUAUCUCAAGUCAUUUGAGGUUGUAUUCUUCCUCUCGUUUCUUGGACUGUUCUAUGCCACUCUUGUCGAAAGGCAUCCUUAUAAGAUCCCCCCUAUUGAAAUUCUUCUCUAUAUCUGGUUCGCAGCCUUCUUCUAUGACGAGCUCAGCGAAUGGAUUGACGCCGGCUCAAUUUUCUACGCUGCCGAUGUCUGGAAUCUCUUUGACAUGAUCAUGAUCUCAAUCGGUAUCAUUUUCGCCGUCAUGAGGAUCAUAGGGCUGUCUAACAAUGAUGGCCAUAUGAUCGAUCUGGCUUUUGAUGUGUUAUCUCUCGAAGCGCUCUUUAUGGUGCCUCGAGUCUGCUCCGUCCUCAGUCUGAGCCCCUAUUGGGGCACUCUGAUUCCAUGCUUGAAGGAAAUGGGCAAAGACUUCUUGAAAUUCAUGCUCCUUGUAGUGAUCCUCUACCUCGGCUUCCUUACAACAUUCUCUCUCAUCGGCCGAGAGACCUUCACCCUUCCUCACAUGACAAUGGUAUUGACGAAGAUCUUCUUCGGCUCUAGCUAUGUCGGCUUUGAUAUUAUGGAGCAGAUUGAUCCUGUCUUUGGCCCGCCACUGAUGAUCAUUUUCGUCACUCUCAGCUCCAUCCUGUUGAUGGGCUCCCUCACUGGUAUGCUGAGCAACAGCUUCUCCCGCGUCAUCAGCCACGCCCGCGAGGAGUACCUGUAUGUCUACAGUAUCUAUGUGCUUGAGGCCUCGACUAGCAAUCGACUCACUCAUUUUUAUCCGCCCUUCAACCUCCUCGCUCUGAUCAUCUUCAGGCCUCUGAGAUUGUUUCUGCCCUCUGACAGCAAGUUUCGCGCUGCUCGAAUCAUUCUUCUGAAAGCGACACACCUGCCUAUCGUCGGUGCCAUCCAGCUGUAUGAGUUGAUCGCCGGCAAGAUUUACCACGACGAUGGAUUUGCAGGUUUCAAAGGACCCCGUCAGCCUUCGGUCCCCUAUAGCACUCCCAAGAAGCAUCGAGCACAUGUGAGACCGACAUCAUCGAUGCGAAACUCUCCACGACCCCAGAGCUCGGAGACUGUGCCACGACUUGCCUCUUCUCGUGCCGGACCGGCGGUGUCUACGACGUCAUUGGUGGGUGUAGAGGCUGACGACAUGGGCAUCCCUCCUACGGAUGUCGAAGUCAAGAUUGCUGAGCUAUCGGCCAAGAUCGACAGGUUGACCGAGUUGGUGGUGGUGUUGCAGGAGCAAUCCACGGCGAAGGUCAGCGUGUCGUGA